GCUCAUCAGAGAAGUUAGAAUUGAAUGGCUUCUCAGACAAUCACUCUUGGUGGCGCCGCCUCAUCUUCACUAACUUUCCGGCGAUCUGUUGCGAACAUUCGCCACCUUCCGAUUUGCUUCGAUGUCUCACUCAACGCUGUUGAGCCUCUGCGGCUCAGGUUCAUCUCGGUUUCCGCUAAGAAAAGCCCUAAACGCCUCAAGUACUCCACUUCUCGCUUUGUUAAGGGGGAUGGCUUGCUUUAUGUUGAAGUUGAUCCAUCAGGAGCUGACAGUUGGAAAUUGGACCCUGUUAUUGAACUUUUAAAACAAGGAGCUAUAGGGGUUAUUCCUACAGAUACUGUGUAUGCAAUUGUUUGUGAUACGAAAAUCCAUUCAGCUAUCGAACGUCUUCAGAGAAUCAAAGACAUAGAAACUUCAAAGCCUCUCAGUAUCUUAUGCCAUUCCUUCCGGGAGAUAGAUACCUACACUAUGGGGUUUCCUCGUGGUAAUCAUCAAGGUCAAAUGGAUAUCUUUCGAGCUGUUAAACAUUGCUUGCCUGGCCCUUACACAUUCAUCUUGCCUGCAAGCAAAGAACUGCCCAAGCUGUGUGUCAAGUAUGGGACAACUGCUAAAUAUGCAUUGAGGAAAACUGUAGGCAUGCGCAUGCCAGAUGAUCCUAUAUGUCAAGCUAUAUUGGAAAAGAUGAAUGCACCUUUGAUAUCUACUAGUGUGAAGUGGCCCAAGGAAGAUGAGUGGAUGAUAGACCCAGUUAUAAUAGCUGAUAUUUAUGGACGAGAGGGUCUUGAUUUUGUUGUCGAUGCGGGUGUUAGGGUAGCUGAACCAUCAACAGUAGUUGACAUGACAGGAAGUCUUCCAGUAAUCAUACGACAAGGAAAGGGACCAAAGCAUGACUGGAUGGUUCUAAAAGAUGAAGAAGAUUCGGCCACAAAAGAGAGAGAGGUCGUCCAUCAUGCAACAUAUAUUCACUGAAGCAUUUAGAUUGUUGUAAAUAUGGAGCAGCAGCUUACCUUCAUGACUAG